CUCACCAUCUUUCUCAUCUUGUUGUUUUCAUUUCUUUCUAUCUAUUGUUUCUUUCUCAUCACCAUGACACUUUUUGGCAAAAUCAUCACUGAAAUUGGGGUUCAUGCAACUGCUGAAAAGUGGUUCAACCUCUUCGCAACGCAACUGCAUGAGGUUCAAAACCUAACUGAUAGAGUUCAUGGAACCAGGCUGCACCAAGGUGAAGAUUGGCAUCACAAUGACUCCAUCAAGCACUGGACUUAUGUCAUAGAUGGUAAGGUUACAAGAUGCCAUGAGAGUAUUGAAUCCGUUGAUGAAGAGAAGAAAAGAAUCACGUACAAGAUAUUCGGUGAAGACAUCGAGCCGAGGUUUAAGGUUUUCAAAGUCAUAUUUGAAGCAAUUGAUAAGGAGAAUGAUGGUGGUAUCGUAAAAUGGACCAUUGAAUAUGAAAGGCUUGGUGAAGAAGUUGAUCCUCCUUAUGGCUACCUGGAGUACCUGCACAAAUGCACCAGAGACAUCGAUGUUCACCUCCUGAAGGCAUAGCUGCAACAACAAGAAAAGUAAUUAAGAGAAUAAAUAUUGGAGUUACUUGCCCUUAAAAUAAUGCUUGUGUGAUGAUGUUGGACUAGUGUUCUUAUCAUAUAGCUCUUCUG